AUGGCUCUCUCAGCUCAGGCCACCUUCCCCGUCUUCCUGCUAUUGCUCCUCUCAGCAGCCAUCGCCUUCGUGGACGGCUCCUCCGUGGAUCCCUCCGGCGAGAAGUUCACCCACGUGCACUUCUACUUCCACGAGACGAGGAGCGGCCCCAACACGACGGUGGCCAACUACAAGAAUUUGACGUCCACGCCCUCCUUCGCCUACAUCGGCGUGUUCGACAACUACCUGAGGGAGGGGACCGACCCGAGCUCGACGCUGCUGGGCAGGGCGCAGGGGGUGGGCGUCUUCGCGAUGCCCGACGGCCGGAGCGGCCUGCUCACCGCCACCGAAUUCGUGUUCACGGCCGGGAAGUACAACGGGAGCACGCUCACCAUGAUGGGCAUGUACGCGGCCGCCGGCGAGGUGGAUCGCUCCAUCAUCGGAGGCAGCGGCCGGUUCCGGAUGGCGAGGGGAUACUCCCUCAGCAAGGUCAUCAGCAUCGAUGACUUGCGGUUGGUGGCCAAGUUUGACCUUUACGUCAAGCAUUAUUGA